AUGACAACUGGAAAGGCUGUUGCAUAAACAAGCAAAUGUGGCUUGCUUUCUCGGGUUUCAGAGGGGAGAGCUGCUGUUUUGAUGAUGAUGGCCGAAGAGAAUGUACCACUCUCCAAAGACCCUGAGGGCUCUGAAACAUCCACACCAGAGACCCUGACUCUUAAAGACUUAGAAGAGCUCCUGAAUACUGGAAGGCCCUCCUGUAACCAUGUUGAUGAAGUAUGGCCUAAUCUUUACUUAGGAGAUCAUAUUGCAGCCCACAGCAGAUUUGAUUUAUGGAAAAUGGGCAUUAGCCAUGUCUUGAAUGCUGCCCACGGAACAAUAUAUUGUCAAGAAUCCCAUGACUUUUAUGGCACUACUAUUGAAUACUACGGCGUACCAGCUCAUGACCUUCCUGAUUUUGACAUAAGUCCAUAUUUUUAUUCUGCUGCAGAAUUUAUACACAAAGCCUUGACUACACUAGGAGCUAAAAUCUUUGUGCACUGUGCAGUUGGGAUAAGCAGAUCAUCGUCUUUGGUGCUCGCAUAUCUCAUGAUAUACCAUCAUCUUUCUUUGGUUGAAGCAAUUCAGACAGUGAAAAAACAUCGGUGGAUUUUCCCCAAUUCUGGGUUUUUGAAACAACUGAGAAAUUUGGACAUUCAGUUAAGAAAAAAAAUUGAAGAAAAAGGAAAAAAUCUUUGAUCGUUUGGAAAAGUAACAGUUAGCCAUUGAAUGUUUCCACGGUUCACUGUUCUUCACAUUGAUUUUCUAGUUGUCAAAACAAUAACUAGUUCAUGCUGGAAGCCAUAUUUUCAGAAACUAUGUUCAUCAAUACCAUUUAUGUGAAAGCUGGCGAAGAGUUUGCCAUAUUUAAAGGCUCUUUCAAAAAUCA